UGCCCGAACCCGCGUGUGGAGGCCUCCGCGGGGAUUCUCUGUGACUGCGCCGCUGCCACCCACUGCCCAGUGUGGUUUCCCAGAGGGAAGCUCUUCUUCCUGCUUAGUUUCUACCUUUGACCUAUUUUUCUGGGAGUUUCCUCUAACACACCCAAAGUAAAAGUCCAUACUGAAGAGAGCAAGUCCCAGAAAAAGGUCAAGAUGGGGUUUAUAUUUUCAAAAUCUAUGAACGAAAACAUGAAAAAUCAGCAAGAGUUCAUGCAAAUGAAUGCCCGACUUCAGCUGGAAAGGCAACUAAUGAUGCAGAAUGAAAUGAGGGAAAGACAAAUGGCCAUGCAAAUUGCUUGGUCUCGGGAAUUCCUCAAAUAUUUUGGAACGUUUUUUGGCGUUACAGCCAUCUCUUUAACAGCUGGAGCAAUAAAAAGUAAAAAGCCAGCCCUCCUCAUCCCUAUUGUUCCAUUAAGCUUUAUUUUCACCUACCAGUAUGACUUGGGCUAUGGAACCCUUCUACAAAGAAUGAAAAGUGAAGCUGAGGAUGUACUGGAAACAGAAAAGAAUAAGUUGGAGCUGCCAAGAGGAAUGAUCACUUUUGAAAGUCUUGAAAAAGCCAGAAGGGAGCAGAGUAAAUUCUUCAUAGAGAAAUGAAAUAAUGUUUACCCACCAAAUCUCUAAGCACAAAAAGAUUGGCUUGAAUCAUGGUUUUUACAAUUUUCUAAUCACUCAAAAUUUUGAUACAAUGGAUUUUAUUUUAAAAUAUUAAAAUGCAAGAUGAGUUUUGUUGAGCUAUUUUAAAAUAAAAUUUGUAACAUUAAACACAAAAUCAUGGAGGUACUCUAAAUAACUUUCAUAUUUCCUACAUAUGUGUGAAAUACCUAAGUGUAAAAUUAAUAAAUUAUGUUUAUUUGAAGUCCUAGAAGCAAA